AUGAUCUGUCUCUUUGGCAUUCACAAUGCCUUGUUCAACCUCCCCAAGGACCAGAUCACCGAGUUCCGCUACCCGAACGAGGUUGACAUCGUCUGUCAUACGCUAAGGCUCCAUCCGAAUAUCGUCAACAUCGCGGGUGUCCGACCAGAUCGCCUCGAACCAGGUCGGUAUAGGGUCAUCAUGGGAUACUGCUCUGGUGGAAGCCUGUGGGAGGCCAUCGACUGGUGGUCCACCAAACGACGCAGUCCAAUCCCGGAGCCCUUCCUCCUCCAUGCCUUUGUCCAAAUGGCGGGAGCACUCGCGUUCAUCCACUUCGGUUACCGCUCCCGUGGUGACGGCACUUACUACCAGGACGCCUGCCACAGGCCAGUGAGCCACGGCGACGUAAAGGAAGACAACUUCUUCCUUCGCUGGACCGACACCCCCACCGGAGGCAUGCCAGAGAUCGAUCUCGGGGAUCUCGGCAUCGCCAAGCUUGCAGGCAACAGAAAUGCAAGGCUGGGUGCAGGGACCUGGGAGUAUCAUGCUCCGGAAGACGUCCAGAUCUACGGUCAGCACAAGUACACCUGGGAAAACGGUCGGAUCUUCUGGAAAGCUGUCAACUCGCGAAGCGUAGCGAUGGACGUUUGCUCAAUGGGCCAGAUUUGGUACAAGAUGGCAGCUCGCGAGCAUCCCUGCUGGCCCAUCGGCAAGGACCCGGCUGAGAUUCGAAUCAGUCGGGAGUACAAGGAUCCCGCGCACACGCUCAUGCUUCGAAACUCUGAUCUCUCUUGA